AUGGUAAGAACACGAGGUGCAUCUUUUAGUUCUCGUGGAGAGAGUUCUCGAGGAGAGAGUUCUGCACAGGGUGAAGGUAGGAGACGACCUACAGUUUCGGCUCGGAGAAGACAUGUAGCUCCUAUUCAAGAUGACCCUAUAGCCGAGGACCGAGCGUUUGAGGAGGAGGCAUUUGAGGCCCCUGACGGCGAUAAUGAGGAGGAGGAACAUGUCGAUGUUCCUGACAUACAGGAGGAGGAUGUCGGUGGAUUUCCUGGAGGUCCACGUGAUGCUUCAUUGAUGACAAAAUAUGUUCAACAUGUUGCUUAUGGAAUUUCACAGGGACGGGAUCGAGGGGAGAUACUGAAGUUGAUCUCCCAUGGUAAAAUAGUUAAUAAGUUAGGACCGUGCGUCGAAAGAAUUCAACACAUUGUGUUGAAUUCCUCUUUGAUGCCUCUCACAGAUAUUUACUAUGAUUACGUUGAUAAAGGCUUGUUGCUCGGUUUCAUAGAGGAAUGA